GAAGUCUCCAGCGUCUCUUCUCUCCAACUUUGUUCUCUAUCUCAACCAGUUUGACAUACCGGACCACACACCAUGUCAACCACCAAGACCACCGUCGGCGCCGACUCUGCCGCCGGCGCCCAUACUUUCUCCGGCGCUCAUCCUGUCUCCGGCGCCCUUCCUGUCCCCGGCGCCCUUCCUGUCCCCGGCACCCAUCCUGUCCACGGCGCCCUUCCUGUCUCCGGCACCCAUCCUAUCCACGGCGCUCAUCCUGUCCCCGGCGCCGUUGCUUGGUACCGUUCAGUCCUGUCUUCCGCUGAUGAAGGCGACCACUCUCGCUUCGUUCCAGGAUACGGAGUCCACUCUCAAGAGACCCCUCUCUCUUUGGAAGAACUCUUGUCUCCGGAAAUCGCCAGAGAAGGAGCUGUCAGCUACAGAAAGUCUCGCGCUUCCAUCUUCAACGACAUGUCCCCCGAAGACUUGGACAGAUGGAUGGAGAAGCUUCAUCAAGCGCGCCAGGACGCUGUUCCCUAUGAGGAGGCAUUCGAAGCUUACAUCAAGGAUUACACUCACAAGAUGUCUCAGGAUGAGGCUGAAGCCGCUGAAGAACAAGCUUUCUUGAAGGGACUCUGGGAGGCUCAGCACGGCACUGAGGACAAGACCCACGACAUCUCUGAGAAGCCCAGCAAGAAGCCCAGCAGAGCCCAGAUGAUGGAGCGCCAGAAGGAGACAGACGCCGAGCUCCAGAAGGUCAGAGCCAUGCACAACCAGCUCUGCGCCAAAGUCGUCGUCCUGGAGGCCGAAAUCAACGCGUUCAGGGAGAAGUCGCGCAUCAUCGAGUUGAUGUGGGAGGAGAACCUCAAGGCCACCAAGAUCAGUGUUUCCGAGAACAACGACUUCAAGGGCGACCCCUACGUCAAGAAGAAGCGCUCGUACACUCCCGCCGAGAUCAAGCACAUCCAGGAAAUGCAGGAUGACCAGGUCACUCAGGACUGGAUCGAACGCCUCAUGGCUGAUGCUGCUGGAGUUGGCGGCAAGGAGGUCGAGAGUCCUACCAUCGACGGCGAGGACUGGGUUGAAGUCUCCGAUGCUUGAAAGCUUUUCACAGCAUGGCGCGCGCGACGGAUGUCAACAAAGAUAUUCAAUGAUGGCGCAAGAAAGGAGAAGACUGCGAU